GACUGCACGCUGCAGGUCUCACCCUCCGGACACUACCUGGACCUCGACUUGUCCCUGCUGGAGCAGAAGGAUGAGCUGGAGGGUUUCUACGAGGAGGUUAGGAAGGGGAGACGGCCGACCCUGAUCCUGCGCACGCAGCUCUCCGUCCGAGUCCAUGCCAUCAUCGAGAAGCUGUACAACUCGCAGGGGCCCGAGCUGCGGCGGUCCCUCUUCUCCCUCAAGCAGCUCUUUCAGGAGGACAAGGACCUGGUGCCGGAGUUUGUCAACCUGGAUGGGUUGACGUGCCUGAUCAAAGUAGGGGCAGAGGCCGACCAGAACUACCAGAACUACAUCCUCCGGGCCUUGAGCCAGAUCAUGCUCUUCGUGGACGGGAUGCAGGGUGUCAUCAACCACAACGAGACCGUCCAGUGGCUGUACACGCUGUCAGGAAGCCCGUUUCGGCUGGUGGUGAAGAUGGCACUGAAGCUGCUGCUGGUGUUCGUGGAGUACACGGAGCCCAAUGCCCUGCUCCUCAUCCAUGCCGUCAACGCCGUGGACCAGGCGAGAGGUGCAUGCCCAUGGUCCAACCUGAUGGCCAUCCUGGAGCAACGCAACGGGGCUGACACGGAGCUGCUGGUGUUUGCCAUGACGCUGAUCAACAAGACGCUGGCAGCCCUCCCGGACCAGGACACCUUCUACGACGUGACAGACUGCCUGGAGCAGCAGGGCAUGGAGCCGGUGGUGCAGCAGUACCUGGGCAGCAAGGGCACCGAUCUCGACUUGAAGCAGCAGUUCACGCUCUAUGAAGUAAGCUGCGCCAACCUGCCCCUGUCUGGCAUGCGCUUCCUCGGGCCGGCGCCCGGCCGCAGGCGUCUGGGCUCUAGCCACAUAGGGGUCAAGGAGCAAGAGGGUCCCCACGAGUCUCUGCCUGGGCACCCUCCUGGAGCUCGCUUCUUGGAGAACCUGGCCACAGCCCAGAAGGAGAAGAUCUCCUCCAUGGCCAAGGGACUGCUCGAUGUCCUCGGCGAUGCUGUGCUGGAGCAUCCCACCGCUCUCGCGUGGGACAGGGACAGCAGCACCCCUGAGCCUGGGAUGGAGCCACCCAGCAUAAGGUCCCGCUCAGCUCGGCUGGACACCACCGACUCCUGCAGCACCAUCUCCUCCGACACCAAGUUUAUGCUGGACAUGCUCUAUGCCAAGGGCUCCUCGGAGCCGGGGAGGGAGAAAGUCUUCCCUGAGGUCCCGCCAUCCCCUCUGGUCGAGGGUGGGGUGGAGAUGGAUGCCGAGGGAGGUGGAAGCCGGGAGCAGGAGGGCGCCUGGCUCUCUGGCAGGGCUCCAGAUGGGCCAGUGGCCAUGGCCAGUGCCCACGCCAAGCUGGCACGUGCUAUGUCCAGCAUAGAUGCUGAGACCCACACGCAGAAGCUGGAGAACACAGGGAUGAUGCCCAUCAAGAAGGACGUGGAGCUGACGUGGGAGCGCCUGGAGGCCAGCCCCGUGCAGCUAAAGAUCAAGGACCUGGACUUCACUGAUUUGGGGGAAGAAGAAGACUUUGAUGUCCUGGACACGGGGCCCAUGGCCAAUGGCUCCUUCUUGCCCCCCAGCAUCGAAGCAACAAGUGCUGGAGCUCUCAUGGUUCCCCCUCCUCCUCCUGCGGUCCCCGGCUGCCCACCACCUCCACCUCCUCCUCCUGCGGUCCCUGGCUGCCCACCUCCCCCAGGGCUGCCAGGCCCCUCAGCAACGGAUGGCCCCUCCCAGGCCAAGAAGAAGAGGACAGUGAAGCUCUUCUGGAAGGAGCUGAAGCAGCUAGAUGGCACUGCAGGGCCGGGCAGGUUUGGGCAGGCAACACUGUGGGCGUCCCUGCAGAACGUUGAGGUCAAUGCUGCCAAACUGGAGCAUCUCUUUGAGUCACGGUCAAAGGAAGUGCCAACUUCAAAGAAGGCCACAGAUGGGAAGAAGGUGUUGGUGGUGCUGGACCCCAAGAGGAGCAAUGCCAUCAACAUUGGCCUCACCGUGCUGCCACCCGUACACAUCAUCAAGACGGCCGUGCUCAACUUCGAUGAGUUUGCAGUCAAUAAGGAAGGGAUUGAGAAAAUCCUGACCAUGGUCCCAACUGAGGAGGAGAAGCAGAAGAUCCAGGAAGCCCAGCUGGCCAACCCUGAUGUGCCCUUGGGCUCUGCGGAGCAGUUCCUGCUCGCCCUGUCUUCCAUCAGUGACCUCACGGCCAGGCUCCAGCUCUGGGCCUUCAAGCUGGACUAUGAGAGCCUGGAGCAGGAGAUUGCAGAGCCGCUGUUUGAUCUGAAGGUGGGCAUGGAGCAGCUGGCCAGAAAUCACACCUUCAAGUGCAUCCUGGCUACGCUGUUGGCCAUGGGCAACUUCUUGAAUGGCUCCCAGAGCAGAGGCUUUGAGCUGGGCUACCUGGAGAAGGUCUCAGAAGUGAAGGACACAGUGCACCGGCAGUCACUGCUCCACCAUCUCUGCCAGAUGGUGGUAGAGAAGUUCCCAGAAACCACUGACCUCUACUCAGAGAUUGCCUCCAUCACCCGCUCCGCCAAGGUUGACUUUGACGAGCUGGCCAACAGCCUGGUGCAUCUGGAGCGGAGGUGCAGGGCCUCCUGGGACAACCUGAAGGUGAUUGCCAAGCACGAGACCAAGCCAGUGCUGAAGAGCAAGCUGACGGACUUCCUCAAGGACAGCACCCAGCGCAUUGUCGUCUUGAAGGUGGUGCACAGGCGCGUCCUCAACAGGUUUCACUCCUUUCUGCUCUACCUGGGGUACCCGGCGAGUGCAGCGCGGGACGUGAAGGUGACGCCCAUCUGCAAGCUGCUGCAGGAGUUCGCCCUGGAGUACCGCACCUGCCGGGAGCGUGUCCUGCAGCAGCAGAAGAAACGGGCCGAGCAGACGGAAGCGGGCCAUGAGAGCAUGAAGAGCCUGCUGACCUCCCCCACGGACGUCCCUGCCCGCCGCAGCCGGGCCAGCCGGGGGACAGGGCACGCCAGCCCGGCCCAGGGUUCCCCAGCCCAGGAGGACGUUCCCAGCUCCCCAGACGAUGCUUCGGAUGAAAUCAUGGACCGGCUGGUAAAAUCGGUGACUCACAACGCCAACCCCCGGCCCUGCGCCAACAAGGAGCGCAGGAGGUCUCGUGGCAAUAGGAAGUCCUGUUCCCCGAGGCUCUGCCUGGUGGCCACCUCCAUUGUCUUCCCGGAGUUCAGUUCCACAAGCAAGUGGAUUCCUGCGGGAGAGCCCAUGGGCAUGCUGUUGGGAACAUGCCUUCUCCUCCUCUACCUCGCCGGCAUUCCCGGCAUUCCCUUGCCUGGAAAAGCAGCGCUGCUAACCCAGCCGGGUCCCACCACCACACCCCGGCAAAACCACCCCAGCCUGUUUGACGCCACGCCGCCGCCGUCGCUGACGAAAUGGGUUUUUCCGCCCACGGGCACCCGCUGCCAUUGCCACCCCCGCGCCGGGGCUUGCAGGGUCUGGCACAGCCCGGCUCCUCCAGGAUCAGAGGCCGGCGUCGAUGCCGGCACGCGAAAGCCUCUCGCCCUCGGCGUGGAGGGCACCGGGGGUCAGGCCCACGGCAGGGACGCACGAAGGAUCACCGAGUACGGAGACUCGGUGAAAUAUUAA